UUUAAUCAUCAAUUCCGUAGUCAAACAAGUAGUCACUUGCGUUCCGCCCCCGGGGUCGUGUUCUACACGGACUGUAAACAGUGACGCACGCAACGCUCGAGUCAAAAAGUUGGCGCUAUGGAGGACAGCGAAGAGACGGCCCGAAAACGGCAAAAAGUGUCUAAAGUGUGGGAUCACUUCAAACUAAAAAAGACAGAGAACCUCGUGCAGUGUGUGUACUGCAAAAUUGAACUUGCAUACCACAACAGCACUUCAUCGAUGCUUCAACAUCUUAACCGAAAGCAUCCAUUUGUCAACAAGACCAGCUCAUCCGAAGCCAGCACAAGUACAUCAUCUCAGCAGCGGAUGGACAGCUUUGUGCGACAUGUACCACACUGCACUGUAGAAGAAGCUGCAGUGCUGACCGAGAGCAUUUUAAACAUGCUAAUAACAGACAUGCGCCCACUCUCAAUGGUGGAAGACAAAGGCUUUCGAAACAUGAUUUCCAUGUUUAAUCCGAAAUAUAACCUACCAUCCAGAACACACUUCACUAACUUGAUGGAGAAAAAAUAUGAGAAAAUCAAAGAAAAACUGAAGAUUUCUGUAAAGGAGGCAGAGAGUGUUGCCCUUACAGCAGACAUUUGGACAAGCGUGGCCACAGAGGCAUAUUUGGGAGUGACAUGUCACUUCCUAGGGAAUGAUUGGGAGAUGAAGUCCCUCACACUUACAACAAUGCCUUUGGAAGAAAGGCACACUGCUGUAAACAUUGCCGAGUGGCUUGAGGAGGCUACUACCAAAUUUGAAAUUCCAUUUGACAAAGUGAAGGCAGUUGUCCAUGACAAUGGGUCAAAUAUAGUGGCAGCAGCAACCAUUUUGAAAGAGAAGCAUGGUUGGGCAUCUGUGAGAUGUGCAGGGCACACACUGAAUUUGGUCGUACAGAACACGCUAAAAAACAACAAAACAGUCAGUAGCUGUGUGGGUGCUGCCAGAUGCCUUGUUGAACACUUCAAGAAGAGUGAACUGGCUUGCACCAAGCUUAAAGAAAAGCAGCAACAAAUGGGAGCGCCAAAACUAAUGUUGAUCCAGGAUGUGAGUACUAGAUGGAACAGCACCCAUCACAUGCUGUCUAGGCUCCACGCACAAAGAUGGCCUGUGACUGCUGUUCUAUCUGACCCUACAGUCAACCCAAGGGGAAAACACCGCUACCUGGAUCUAAAGCCUGAGCAGUGGACCCUCAGUGAGGAACUGAUUCAGAUUCUGGAACCAUUUGAAGCAGCAACGGUGUUUCUGAGUGGGGAAAAAUAUGUCACUGUCUCUGCUCUUCCUCAGCUAGUUCAAAACCUGAAAAAGUCAACAGACAAUUCAGCAUGUGAAACAACUGCAAUGAAGGCAUUAAAGGCAGAUAUGAUCCAACAGAUCACAGACAGGUGGAAUUACCUGCUUGUGUUUUCACCUGAAGAUCCUAACACUACCCUGCUGGCUGCUGCAUUGGAUCCCAGGUUCAGAAAACUCAAAUUCCUGCCUGCUGAGGAAGUGUUUAAGGUUCAGAGCACAAUUCAGACCAUGGCUCUGAGGUUCCAAAAUGAGGCUAGGCAAUCAAAUGCACAAGCCAAUGAAGACAGCACCAGCCUAAUGGAAGAUGGCCCAUCACCACACGCUAAGGGCAAGGAUGGAUCAUUCCUCAGUAUACUUGGAUCAUCAUCAGAGUCCAAUUCAUGUGAUGAAGAGGAGGAUGAUCAGCAGAGCCAGGAGAUCCAAAGGGAAAUCUUGCAGUACUUCGGUGAACAUGCUCUCUCCAGGAAGGAUAAUCCACUGUCAUGGUGGAAAGUGAAUGCAUCACGGUAUCCAACCUUGGCAAGGCUGGCAAAGUCCUUUCUGAGCAUCCCAGCGACAUCAACGCCCUCAGAACGUUUGUUCUCGGCUGCUGGGAACAUUGCAUCUAAACGUAGGGCAAGCCUUAGUGCUGAACAUGUGGAUAUGCUGACAUUUCUUCAUUGCAAUCAUCACUUGCUCUUUUAAAGGCUUGAACAUUCUCUCUCUCUCUCUCUCUCUC